AUGGUGUUCAAGUUCACUAUUGAUAAUGUCAUAAAUCAAUAUUUACCGUCCAACCAAGUGUCAAGGCUUCCAAAACCAAUAGCGAGAUUUUUGGGGAAACAUUCGACAAGGCCGGUUGCAGAUUACUGGAUAUGGAUAGAGAUUUGUGUUGCAUCCUUCUGUGGUAUUGCUCUUCUAGAAGGGGUGUUCAAAAGUCAUACAGUAUUUCAAAACCAUAAUGCCCCUAUGAUUAUUGCCAGUUAUGGUGCCAGUGCCAUUCUUUGUUUCAAUGCCAUUGGUGCACCAUUGGCACAACCAAGAAAUGUCUUGAUGGGCCAAAUAAUAUCUUCCAUAGUCGGGGUAUGUAUCCAGAAACUUUUCCUGUUAUCGGAAGGUGGUAGGGCUAACUAUUGGGCUAGUGGAGCAUUGAGUGUUGGGGUAUCAUCUACUCUUAUGAGUAUUUUCAACUGUGUUCAUCCACCGGCUGGUGCAUCUGCUCUCCUCCCAUCAAUAGAUGAACAGAUUAGAGAUAUGAGCUGGUGGUAUUUGCCUAUGCAGAUUGUAUCUUCAGUGUUGAUAGUCUUCGUAGCACUUAUUACUGGAAACAUUAUUAGAACAUAUCCUUCUUACUGGUGGUCUCCAUCACCUUUGGGUAAGAAUCAAGGACAACAAGAAUCUGUUGAGGAGCCAAAAUCAGACACUUCGAGUGAACGAGAAGGGGUUACGUUAAUCCCAGGAUUGAAAUCAAUUGAAUUAUCGACGACUUCAAUUUUGGUUCCAGAAGAAGUAGACCUCUCUGAACUUGAAAUUGAGUGGCUCUGUACUCUUCAAAAUAGAUUGAAAGGCCCUCUUCCAGUAUAAAGCGAACAUAAUUGGGAGCUUUAAUGGAAGCUAGGGAUUAAAUAACUUUUAAAAGAAAAGAAUACUUUCACAUAUUCCAAUCACAUGCUUCACCAAGUCUAUAUUCUUAAAUAUUCAACAACUACUAAUAACAAACGAUAAUUAAAAAACAUACUUAU